AUUGAGUGUCGGACCGGCGGAAGUGUGUCCGUGGUGGGGGAAGGUAUUGAGUGUCGGACCGGCAUGGAGGUGGCUCCAGGGAAAGGGAGACGCGGUAAAAAUGAAGAUAAAGUGGAUGAAACGGAGCUGCUGACAGUACCAGAAGGAUGGAAGGAGGAACCAUUCACCCGAAAGGACAAUGCUUAUGGCCUGUUGGAGGAGAGCAGUUUUGCUACUCUCUUCCCCAAAUACAGGGAGGCCUAUCUGAAAGAAUGUUGGCCUUUGGUACAAAACGCUCUGAAAGAACAUUAUAUUACAGCUACAUUAGAUUUGAUUGAAGGCAGUAUGACUGUUUCCACCACAAAGAAGACAUUCGAUCCUUAUAUCAUCAUUAAAGCCAGGGAUUUUAUCAAGCUUUUGGCGAGAAGUGUUCCUUUUGAGCAAGCUGUCCGUAUUUUUCAGGAUGAUGUGGCAUGUGACAUCAUCAAAAUCGGAUCGUUGGUUAGGAACCGGGAACGAUUUGUGAAAAGAAGGUUAAGACUUAUUGGGCCAAAAGGAUCAACGCUGAAGGCUUUGGAGCUGUUGACCAACUGCUAUAUCAUGGUGCAAGGGAAUACUGUGUCUGCUUUAGGGCCACACUCUGGACUGAAAGAGGUGAGAAAAGUAGUCACCGAUACCAUGAAGAACGUACACCCAAUCUACAAUAUCAAGACAUUGAUGAUUAAACGUGAAUUAGCAAGAGAUGCUGAGCUUAGAACACAGAACUGGGAGCGGUUUCUGCCCAAGUUCAAGCACAAGAACCUGAGCAAACGGAAACAGCCGCAGAAGAGGAGGGUGAAGAAGGAGUAUACACCUUUCCCACCACCACAACCAGAAAGCAAGAUUGAUCAGGAACUGGCCACAGGUGAAUACUUCCUCAAAGAGAAAGACAAGAAGAAGAAGAAAUUACAUGAAAUAAAGGUAAAAGAAGCAGAGGCAGCAGCUAGGCGAAAGGAAGAAAGAAAUAAAGCUUUUAUUCCUCCUAAAGAAAAGCCUGCAGUUAAAGUAAAAAAAGCUGCAGAAACAAAAAUUAACAUUCAAGCUCUUAAAGAAAAAGUAAAAACUGCCAAGAAAAAGAAGCUGGGAGCCCCAGCUGUGGAGGAAAUCACUCAGAAAAUAGCUCAAAAGAAGAAGAAAUAAAUUGAUUUUUCCAAUUCUCCUAUGCUUUUGACAAACUGUUGGAAUUGGAUAAUUCCGACAAUGUCAUUCCAGCAGGGUGUCACCACUUUACCUGUUACAUACAAAUGGCCAGGGGAAGCAGCAGGCUCAUGGUUCUGUUCGUGAUUUCCUCAUCUAAUUAGACUGUUAAGUACUUCUAUCGGCACAGGACUCCUGACAGGAUUUCAGAAACGACAAUCUAGGUGAAGAAGAAUCCACAUCAAUCCUCGUACUACACCUGCUUUUAACGAAGAGUCAUAGAGUAAAUCUCAAAAACAGAAUGUGUUACAAGAUUGCUUGGAUCCUAACCUUAGAGAUAUCCAUUGUUUCUACAGAAAUGAGAUGGAAAACAUUCUCCAUAGUUGGUGUUAGAAACAAAACCUCUCAAUUACAAAUCUGUGAAAAUGUGGUUUAGGAUUGAAUCGAUGUUAAACGUUUAGAGAGAUUUCUAUUUUGUACAGGGGGUUUAUGUUGUAUAAUAGCAUG